AUGGCUGGAUGUAUAUCUGGAGUACAAAAGAGAAUUAAGGAUAUGUAUCCUAGAGCCCAUUUUUUUCAUUGCGCUAGUCAUCGCCUUAAUUUAGUUAUCAAUGAUUUAAAUGUCUUGCCUGAAGUUAGAAAUUGUAUUACCAAAAUAAAGGACACUAUAACAUUUUUUAAAGAAAGUGCAGUUCGCAUGAAUGUAAUAAAUUCUAGUAAUUGUAAAUUAACCAAACUGUGUGAAACUAGAUUUGUAGAGAAGCAUAAGAGUGUAAGACAAUUUAAUGAAAAGUUUAUUGUUAUUGUAGAAGGUUUAGAAGAAAUGUCAACAUCAAAACAUUUUAACAGUAAAACUAAGCAACGAAGCCUUGAAAUUCUAAAUGCAAUUACUACUCCAAAUUUUGUUAUUUUAUUAUCAAUUAUAGCAAAGUAUUCUGCCAAAUUUGAAUUUAUAUCUACUAUUCUUCAGGGUGUGAAUAUUGAUUUACAAGAAGCCACAAAACGCAUUCAAGAGCUUUUACAGAUUGUAAAAAAUGACAGAUGUAACAGUGAGUGUCAAUUUAACUUAAUAUUCAAAAAAGCAGAAGAAACUGCAAUUAAAAUUGGUCUAGAGUUAAAAAUACCACGAAGAGCUAUCAGACAAACACAACGAGAUAAUAAUCCAAAGUUCAGCGAAGUAGUUAAAUCUAUCAAUAACUUAUAUGGACCUCUUCUUGAUAAUUUUGAAGAAGAAGCAAUAACUUGGUAUGAAAUAUGGCUAAAAAAAACUUGUGAUCCAAAUACACAAAUAAUUGAUUUACUAGAAGAAUCUAAAUACUAUCCUGCUGUAAAUACAGCUUUACAAAUAGCCAUUACAUUACCAGCAACUUCCUGUUCAGUUGAAAGAACCUUUAGUGCUUUGCGUCGUAUCAAGACAUGGGUAAGAUCUACAAUGUCCAAUAUGAGGUUGAGCAGUUUGGCACUAAUUCACAUUCACAAAAAUAGAUUUGACGAUACAUUAUUUUUUGAAAAUCACAAAUCUGAUGUUAUGAAUCAUUUUGGACUAAAUGUCAGACGUUUAUCAUUACUAUUUGAUUCAUAA